AUCAAAGAAACACGGAACAUCAACAUGCCGUGCAACUUCAGUGGUGCCGUGCUGACUAGAGUGCUCCCUCCGCUACUGGUCACCGAGUGCAUCCUGGGUCUGUUUGGAAAUGGUUUGGCUCUGUUCAUCUUUUGCUUCCAACUGAGGCCGUGGAAAAGCAGCACUGUGCUGCUCUUCAACCUGGCAGUGACUGACUUCAUGCUCAUCCUGGCUCUCCCCCUCCGCAUCAGCUAUUAUCUCUCAGGGAUCAGAUGGAGGUUCAGUGAAGCAGUCUGCAAAAUUAGCCUCUUCAUGCUGGCCAUGAAUCGCAGCGGGAGCACCUUCUUCUUGAUGGCUAUCGCCUUGGACAGGUACAUGCGUGUGGUGCAUCCUCACCAUCCCAUCAACUCUCUAAGUGUGGGUAAAGCUAUGGUGGGAGCGCUUGGGCUGUGGCUGGUCCCCAUCACAAUGACAGUCCAUGUCUUCUCGCUGCAACACAUCAACACCACCUACUGCGAAAGCUUCAUUGUGGACACAAAGACCAAAGGAAACCUGUCCUGGCAUAAGUUCACGUUUCUCUUCUCUUUCUACAUGCCUCUGCUAGUCAUUCUCUACUGCACCUUCCACAUCAUCAGCCACCUGAGGAGGAGACAGCUGGCCCACCAGGCCAAGUUUAGAAAAGCUCUGUACUUCAUCGUGGUGGUGGUGGUGCUGUUCAUCCUCUGCUUCCUUCCAAGCAACAUUACUGUGCUUGCCAUGUGGAUCAAGAUGUCCCAAGGCUUUAAGUGUGCUGAUAUGGAGGAGCCAACCACAGUUUUCUACAUCACCAUCAGUUUGACUUAUCUCAACAGCGUGCUGGACCCCGUGGUCUACUAUUUCUCCAGCCCGGCUUUUAAGAACAUCUGUAGGAAAACUCUGCAUCUGCCACAGACAGCAACCGGUGAGAGCACAGAAAGAAAAACACGUGAGACAGGUUCUCAUUCACUGAGCCAACUCUGAUCAGAGGAAACAGAUCUGCAGAUUCAGAACUAAAAUCCCAUGAGAAAGGAAUCAUGUAUCCCCAAUUAGCAUCGUGUUUGAGUGAAAAGGCAAAUAAGAUGUGGUUUGUUCCUUCCCUUAUUGCUAUUAGAAAUAUGUUAUUUGCACUUCUCUUAUUUUCUUGCACAGCCAUAUGUCUGCGUGUUUAUAUAUAGCUUUCCAAUAAUGCACUUGUAUUUCUUCUAGCAUUUUAUAGGAAUUUAUUUUAUUCUUUUUUAGUUAGAUUGAGUAGAUAACUUUAUUUGGACUUCGUUUGUCUAACC